GAAAACCUUCACGCUGAGCCCCUUAAGAAACUCUCAAGAACUUUCCUCCUCUUCCACUUCUUCUCUCCCUCCUUUUAUUCCAUAAUCCCCAUCACCUCCCUCUUUAUCUCCCCUAUUCUCCUUCCUCAACCAAACCCCUUCUCUCUCUGCCGUGCCCUUUCCCGAAAUGGGUGACUCUGACUCCAUCCCAGAAGAAAUACCCGCCGGAGACUUCCCCAAUCGCGGCUAUGCCUUAAGCGGUAAGAUAAUGCUAACUGCCAUAAUUAUUCUCUUCUUCGUCGUCAUCCUCAUGGUCUGUCUCCACCUCUACGCUCGCUGGUAUCUUCUCCGAGCUCGACGCCGUCAGUUCCGUCGCAGAAACCGGCAUCGUCGUACUCACCUUGUUUUCUACGUGGACCCCACCGCCGCACAACCCGUACACUCCGCCGCCACGCGCGGCCUCGACGCAGCCGUGCUCAAGUCCCUCCCGAUCUUCACCUUCUCCUCCAAAACCCACGCAGAUCCGCUCGAGUGUGCCGUUUGCUUAUCAGAGUUUGAGGAGAACGAAUCGGGUCGGCUGCUACCCAAAUGCAAUCACAGUUUUCACAUUGAUUGUAUUGACAUGUGGUUUCAUUCUCACUCCACAUGCCCUCUCUGUCGGAACCCUGUGGAAGCUGGUUCUGUAACCGAUAACCCUGCUGAUGUAGCUAUCAGUAUACCUGAUCCGACCGGAGAUGAACCGGGUUCGAAUCCCCGGUUGUGUUCGACGUGCCAGCACGAGGAGGAACAGACAGGUGCCUCGACGUCGUCGUUUGGGGCUCGACGGAAACCGUUGGCAAUCGAGGUGCCAAGGAGGAACAACGAAGGGUUCGAGUCCGAGUCGUGUGACUCACCGGCGAGUCAACAGUUUAGAUCCCCGAUGAGUCGGAUGUUGUCGUUUAAGAGGAUUCUGAGUAGGGACAGGAGAGCUUCCGUUUCUCCGUCGGCGGGUUGUAGUGGGUCGGUUACCCAAUCGGACAUUGAGAGCGGAAGAGACGCGACUCGGUGAGAGUUGACUCAGUUGUACACGUAACAGCGACGUGGCGGCAGUGUGGGAUAAAACAUCCGGGGGUAUAAAUGUCAUUUCGGCUUACGUCAGUAUGCACGUCGAACACGUGGCGGCACGCUUUUGGAGACGAAGCAUGUUUGACUCUGUAUAUAUAUAUAUAUAAUAUAUUUACAUUUCAUUUGAAAAUAAUUCUUAAUUACAUAAAAGUAAUUUUUGGUUC